AUGUGUUGUAGACAGGGAAAGGUUCAAUUGGAAGCCCUGCAAAAUCCUCCCCAACCACUACGAUCUCUACUUACUGAUUCAGACCAAGAAAGUCAGCAUUUCAGAAAUAGCAUUAGAGCCUACAAUAACAGCUUUGCCUUUACAUCACUUGGUGCACAGCAAGAUGAGGGCUACAGUGGAUUCAACAGUGGCACUUACACAUUUCGAGUUCAAGGCUCAACAUACCAUAGAAUUGAUCCUAUCUCUCCUAUGCCAGGAUUUGCCCCACAGUAUGCUCAAAUAUAUUUUACGGACCCUCAAUACCAAGCUAGCAUGCGCAGAGAUGAAGUGGCGGCCAUUGUUAUAGACCCAGCCUCUACAGACGAUCCAAACUAUGUCCCUCAUCUAAGGAGAGAUGUGGCAACAUUUCGUGUAAAUGGCACUGUGGAACAUAUUAUGAGUGAAUGCCGUAGAUCCUAUGAUUCAAUGCAUUAUGUUUUAAUGUUUCCGAGAGGUGAGAACGGAUGGCAUGUCAAUAUGCCACUCAGCACUACUACGAAUGCUUCCUUCAAAGACGAUGUUGAAGGUGAUGCAGUUAAUAGCGAAACUGAUGACGAUAAUGCUGCCAAUGCAGUUGAAGCUGAAAUCAAUGGCGAUGAUGCCGAACAAGAAGUUACAAGGUCUAUUAUCACCGUUAGAAGAGCCCAGCAAAACAUUAGCGUAAUGCAACUUUAUGCUCAUCGAUUGAAAACUGAACAUCGACGUUUGGAACAUCUACGAAAUAACCAGGGAUCUUUACGAACAGAGCUGUAUUCAGGGCUUACAGAUGCAGCGGUAUCUGAUACCACCAUCUCCACUGAGGAGAUAGGUAAGCAACUUAUUCUACCUUCAUCAGAUACUGGAACACCAAGAUCAAUGCAGCAGUUAUAUCAGGAUUCAAUGGCAAUGGUUUCUGCAUUGGGUAGGCCAAGCUAUUUCAUAACGUUCACCUGCAAUCCAAACUGGCCCGAAAUUGUCAAUGAAUUACGCAACGGUGGUUUGAGCCCAACUGACAGACCGGAUCUGUGUUCACGAGUUCUCGACAUGAAGCUCAAGGAGUUGAUUUCUGAUAUUAAGACAAAGCCAUACAUCUUUGGUAAUGUCAUUGGCUUUACUCAUGCACCACGGCCCAACUGA